AUGUACCUCGUCGAGGCGGGCUUGUUUAGUGUUCACCGAUUGGUCCCUAUGAUUGCUGAUACAUGUUUGAUCACUGCGCUCGUAGAGCGUUGGCGACCCGAGACAUCGACCUUUCAUUUGCCGGUCGGUGAGGUGACGAUCAUUCUAGAGGAUGUUGCGACACUGACCGAUCUACCGAUCGAAGGUGAGCCCGUCAUAUUAGACAUACCAUAUGAGGAGUGGUCGGAGACGUGUAUGAGACUAUUAGGACAUGCUCCUGCUGAUCUUUCCGACGGUGUCGUUCAGAUUGGUUGGCUCAGGGAUCGAUUCAAUCAUCUGUCGGCAGAUGCAUCAUCAGAGACUACGGAGCAGUUUGCAUAA